AUGACUGGAGGUAAGGGAAAUAUUUCUCAAGAGCUCACCUGUCUUAGUAUCUCUCACGAGUCUGAAAACACAGGUGUUAUGAUCACAAGUAUGGUUUUACACAUCGUCGUCUCCAUAUUGACAGCACUGGAAAAUCUUUUGGUUCUUGUUUCAAUUUUGGGAAGUUCUAGCUUACGGGUUUCACCGUCGAAUAUUCUUCUAUGCGGUCUCGUCCUAUCGGAUUUAUGUACUGGACUGAUAUCAGAAACGUGUUUCAUUACAUUGCAAAUUUUGGUUUACCAAAACAAACUCAAUUCAUGCGUGUUUCCAACCGUCCAUGCCAUCAUAUCUUCGUUCCUUAAAGAAGUAAGUCUUUUUACAGUAACAGCUAUAAGCAUUGACCGUUACUUUGCGAUAUAUUUUCAUCUACGAUACUCAGAAAUAGUCACAGAGAAAAGAGCACGGAUCGCAUUGGUGUGCAUAUGGUUUAUAAGUGGCAUAGGAUCCAUAGCAUGGAGUUCUGGCAAUGUGGCGUUUUCUCAAGUCAUGUUGGUUGUGACAACUGUUUGCCUUGUUGCCAUGUUUUACACUUGGACUAAAAUCUACCAAGUAAUGCGUCGCCAUCAGGCUCAGAUCCAUGAACAAAGGAACACUCCACCACAUUUAAUUGACAUGUGCAGGUUUAAAAAAUCAUUCACUAAUACCAUAUAUAUUUUAAUGAUUUUUCUCGUCUGUUAUCUCCCUUAUCUCCUAAUUUCUUUUAUAUUUUCUUAUAAAUUAAAUCCAACAGAUGCAAAAUUUUCGUUUGCAAUGAUCUUUUAUCUUUGCGCACUUCUGAAUUCAUUGCUAAAUCCAUUACUGUACUGUUGGCGUGAUCAUGAUAUUCGCAAUGCAGCUAAACAAACUGUGAUAAAAUUAUUCUGUAGUAGACAAUAACAACAAGAAGUGAGCUAUUGUUGUAUGCUGACGUUAUUGUGACAUUAGCCAUGCAGCUAAACAAACGCUAUGUCUUCAGUUUUAGCAGCGAAAGGUGCACACAAAGGAUGGAGUGGUUCGUAACAUCAUUUCAUGCGUAAGUCUUAGCAAAUGGACGCGUCACGUACACUUCUGCUGCAGUAGCACGGAUGACCAGUAAUAAAUUAAAGGCCUCGCAUCCUCCUCUGCUUGUAAAUAAACCAAGGGGGUCAUGAUUAGCAAGAAAAAUUUCCGUUUCUCACUGUAGCAUGUCAUUAGUUGUAACAAAGGAUGCAUUUGUUAAAGAUGUUACACGUGUGUUGUAAAUGUAUCAAGUAACUCUUAACUUGCAGAAUUUCGAAUGGUUACUGCUAAGAUUAGGCAAUUUCUAGGGAUAAAUUUACCUGUACAUUUUCAAUCAUCAUAAUUCGGCCAUAAGCACGAAUAAGAAAUGGAAAUAAAUGUUAAAAAAUAAAUACUUUAAAGUUAUGCUCAAUGCUUGGUUUUGCUGACCAAUUAUUUUUGAACAGGUCUACAACUGGUUGAUUCAAAGUGCCUAGGUUGUAGCGUUAAUCUGUUAAGGAUGCCAUGUAGAAUUCUAAAAAUAAUUGGGCAUGGAUAAUGAAUGAAGUGUAGUUGGGCAUAUGAAAAAAAAAUCCUCCCUUGAAGAAUCACGGAGCUGCCAGUAUAGAGAACCUUAAAAAAAUAUUUCACUUUUAACGAUAUUAGAGAAAUAGUUCACAAGUCAAGUACAUCUCAGCGGAGAUUUCAUGAAUAACGAAUCACGUUCCUCGAUCAGUAUUUACCAUCUCCAAGUGGCUGUGCGCUCUCUAUUUGAAAAAAUUUAAAACCAUAGUUGAUUCAAUCAUUUUCAAUAACUUAACUUUUUAUUAUCACGAGUAAAAUCUAUUGCACACCUGGAAAUAAAAAACUGUUGUUGUCAUUUGUAACUUUUUCCUAAUUACCAUGAUGCAUCAGAGCUACUUCUUGUUCCACUUGAGGGGUCUUACAGACACCCUUUCCGAACCCUAAUAUAAAAUUUGGUUUGGCUCAUAGUUGAAUAUCCAAAGAAGAACUGGAAAUGAUGACCGAUUAGACACGUAAAUGUUGACCAGAAAAUUACUCAUAUACGGUGGAUUGUCUGCAAAUUAUGGAAUUAA